AUGGCUCGUGGUGGUCAUAGCUUCGAAUGGGGCACGCUGCCCGUGCCUACGGGUACUUUCAUGCACUACCAGGGGUCGGACAGGGGAUGGCAGGGUACAAAGGAAGUCGGCGAUAAAUAUGUGGAAUCCUCGGUCCAUGCCCAUGUGCUAUGGUUGAGCCGGAAGGCAUGCAAGUAUAAUGUACCUGACCUGAAGACCCGCAUCAGAACAAAAUGA